AAAGAAGAAGAAGAAGAGCGGAACCAUUGAUUCACGUCUUGUUUCUGCCGGUUGACAAAACUGGCGCACGGGCGGUUUGCAGUUCAAAACAUUAUGGCGUCCAGAAGAACAUCAUUAGCGCCGAGCUCUUUCAAAAGUGCUUCCGCUGACACCAAACGCUCGAAAAGUGGCAGCAAUGCUGUUAAAGUCACAGUCAGUGAACCUGGAAAGAAACCUGUUAAAACAAGUGGGACUGUUGUCAAGUCUCGCUAUAUGCAGUCUGCUGAGAAGUCAUCUAUCUCAAAGAGUAACUCACUGACCGAUGAGUCCUUUGCUGUGCCGCUGAAGCCGUCCUCACCUAAACCCAGUGGAGUCAAACCGAGAGUGGGCACCCCCCCGAGACGCUCCAUGGCCCCACAGGCUAGACCUGAGGCUUCAUUGCUCGGUAGAAGUAUCUUGCAUUCCACUUUCUCAGAUGGACACUGCUUCCAACCAAAUUUUGACAUUUCAGUCAUUAAAGAGAAAACAAUUAUGGAAAAUGCAGCAGAGCCCGAGAGAAAUCCAGAGACAGAGAAGUGGAACAUUGAGAUGCAGACAUUCCUGCUGGCCUAUCUCACAGCUGAGAUGGAGAGCAACACUGCAAAGCUUAAGGCUGAGGCAGAAGCAAGGAUCCUGCAGGAGAUGGAGGACGAAGAGGCUCUGUAUAAUGAAGUCCAGGAGAAGAAACGUCAGUACCUCGUCAUGGAGAAGGACAGGCUAGCGAAUGAGCUACUAGAUUUACAGAUAGCUGCUCUGACUCCUGUGGCAGAAACUGCCAAACAGUUCACAAAGAACUACAAGUCCUUCGCCUCAGCUGUCGACACCACCCGCCACGAGCUGCCAGUGAAGAACUUCUACAUCGACGGGGACAGAAAGGAGUUUCUAGAUAAAGCUGAGGCCUGCCUGAAGGUGAGUGAGAAGCUGCUGGAGGAGUGCACAGAGGGAGAUCAGAAGGACACCAGCACUUCUCUAGAGUGCCUCAGAGACAUUAAGACGACAUCAAAGGACAUCAGUCAGCAGCUGUCGGGCACAUUUUCAGAGCUCCUGGAGGUGUCUUCACUCGUCUGCCGCCAUACAAUAAAUGUCCAUCAGGCCACGGAGGAGGAGCAGCUCGGCCCUGCAAGAACCCUGAAGCUCUAUUGCCCCAAAGUGUGAAGAAUACCCCACAGCAUGGGAGCAUGGGAUGCACAGAACAGGCACUUUGGAUACCCCCCCCCCCCCGUUUGUAUGUACAUGUACUUUUUUUUGUUUAUGUUUGUCUGUUUCUUAUAUACUGAUUGAUUUCUUUGUAGCUGUAUUAUAAUAAUAAAAAUGUUGAAUUAUGA